AUGUCACAAAAGAAUGCAGGACAGUAUCUUCUAAAAGAAUUGUUGAUUUUCUUAGCUCUACUUUUAGGUAAUGAUUAUUAAUAAAGUAGGACUAUAUUAAUCUUAAGGAGUUGAUUCAAUUUUACCAAUUACUUUAAAUUCAAUAAUUUUAUUGAUUUAUCUAUUCUUUAAAUAUAAGAAUAGUACUCAUAUUAAGUAAGUUUGGAUUAUUAAGAUUAUCUUCAUUUUAAUUCAAAUUUCAAUAAAUAUAGAAAUGUGUUAAUUUUGUAUGAUAAUUGUACAUUUGAUUGAAGAUGAUAUUAUCUAAACAUUUAUUUUAAGCACAGUGUUUCUAAUAAAUCUAAUAUAAGAAUAAAAAAAUAAUUAUGUGACUGAAAUCCCAUUCAAUUUAUUAUAUUUCAUUAAUGUAGUAUUUUUAUUUGGUUUAAUGUUUAUGAAAUGGAAAUCUGUUAAAUCAAAUGAAGAAUUUGUAGAUUAAACAUUUAAAUUAAAAUCAUUAGAAUGUAUAUCUAAUCAAUUAUAAUAUAUUAUAUAGUAAAAGAAUCAAUAAAAAAUAGAGAUUUAAUAAGCAAAUCAAAUUAAUAAUAGUCAGUCAGUUAAGAAAUCAAUGCAAUAAAAAUGGAAUGCAAUGAUGAUGAAUUAAUUUUAUAGAAUGUAGCUUGGAUACAAAAUUAGUCUGCUUUAGUUUACAAUAAAAAGCUUAAUAUAGUUUAUUAGAAUAUAUUUUUAGGGAAAUUAUUAAAAUAAUCAAAUUUAGAUGAAUAAUAAACAUAAUAACAAUCAAAGCCAGACUAUGAAGAAUUGUUCCUUGAUUGUUAGAUUUUAGUUGGAAGUAAAGAGUUAAUGGAAAUCAAUAGCAAUAAUAAUGAUUAGUCUAUGAAUAGUGAGUAAUAAAAUUAAUUAAUAAUUUAAAGUGGCUCAUUUUUGCUAAGUAGAGUAAAUGAUUAUCAUAAAUGCCGAAUGAAGUCGAAUCUGACAAUUAGAGAUUUGAGUUUGAUGAUGCAAAACGAGAUCGAUAAGUAGUUUAGUUGGAAUUAAAGAGAUGGCGGCCAAGUAUGGUGACAUUGUUUAGAUUGAGAAGCGAUGUGUUCGAUUUUGAGAAUAUCCAAAUCAAGGCUUUUGUGAAUAAGGUCAAUGAAUCCUCCUUUUUAAUCUUCCUUUUUGAACAGUAGCCUCCUCAAAAAAAAAAGGAUGACAACAGUUAACCAAUCAUCAAUAUAUUUUCUACAUUUGUGCAUGAAUCUGUAAGUUAUAUCAAUUGUAUAUUAACUCUAAUUUUACUUACAUAACAUGAACAUGAAAAUACUUUGAAAAUAUCAUUAAAACAUCAUUAUUAUAUGCCUAUGAGAAUGAUGAGUAUGAGAUAUAUUCUAUUUGUUAACAGUAUGAGGGAUUAUAUAUUUUUUAUAUAAAAUUAGUUAUUUUUGAGAAUUUCAGCAUUUAAAGUAAAUGAUUUAAUUGAAGAAUUAUUAAUUAUAUAUGAAGAUAAUUUAAAAAUUAGAGAUGUAAGUUUGACAACAUCAAUAGAUUUAAGUGAUAAUAAUUAAGUGAUAUUUAGUGAUUUAGAUAGAGUAUAAUAAUUAUAAUUAAAUUAGUUAAAAUAAAUCCUAGCAUGUUUAUUAUCCUAUUGUUUAAAAUAUACAUCAGCAUCAUAAUUAAAAUUAGAUAUUAAAAGUUAUACUGUAAGUGGUAUUAUGGUAUCUUUUAAAGAUAGUAUGAUAGCUAAGGAUGAUAAUACAAGAAAAUCAAUUUCAAAUUUAGUUAGAUUACUAAAUUCAACACUUAAAUUAACUUCAUUUUAUGAUGUUGAUCUUAAUAAUCCAUUAGAAUUAUAAAUUUGUGUGAUAUUAUGUUGGUAAUUGUCUGGUACAUUUAAAAGAGGUCUAGAAUUUUUAUAUGAUAGUUAGGGAUAUGGCACUUUUACUUUUGUAAUAGAAUCCUAAACAAAUUAAUAAAGAAUGCAAUCUCAUUAAGAUACAGGUCCUAUUAAAAUUUUAGGCUAAAGAAAAUAUUAUGAAACAUCAUUAUCUUUAUUAUUAGCAUAAGAUAGUAGUGGUUAUAGAGAGGAAUCAAAGUAAUUACAUAUUUUAUUCUAGAUAUUUUUCAUUAACUUAAUUAUCAAAAUAAUUUUCUAUUAAACCAGGAGAUCCAUUUGAUGUGUAAAGUGCAUAUUUCUCAUAAAUUUCAAGAAUUAAAUAGGAUUCAUCAAAUUCUAAAUAAGUUUAAAAUUCUGGAUCAGUUCCUAGAUAAUCAAAAGAAUAGAGUAAUAGUUUUUCUGGUACUUGGAAAUAAGGAUUUCCUGAUAUAAUUCAAUAACCUUAUAAAAAAACAAGAAAUGAUAGAAAUGAAAAAAGUGACUCUUAACAUGAUUCAAUGAAAACACAUUCUAAUUUUGAUUUUGGAGCUGAAAUGAGCAAUCCAUCUAUUCAUCCUCCUGAAUUAACUCCAAAAUUACUAUCAUCAGUUAUUAAAUUCAGAUUAAGAUUGACUUGUUGUGCUAAAGUGUUAAUUGUAGAUAAUGAUCAUUAUAGUGUUUUUUCAUUGUAAAAAGUCUUAGAAAAAUACAAUAUCAAAUGUGAUAAGGCAUUUAAUGGUAUCGAUGCUUAAAAAUUAAUAUAAAAUAAACAAAACAAACCAUGUCAUUGUGGAAACAAAUCUUAUCUGUUAUAUUUUAUAGAAUUUUAUUUGCCAGUAUAUAAAUUUGUAAAUAUAUUUAGAUUUUAUAAGGAAUAGAUUUAGUAAGAUCUUUAAAAGAGUAAAUGAGAAAUAGUUUAAUUGAUAAGGGAUAUGUAAUUAUAAUAGCUACAUUUGUGGAUUUGAAUUAGAAAUUGGAAUGUUUUAAGAAUGGAGCUGAUUAUUUUAUUGCCAAACCAUUUGAUUUGAUAGAUAUUGGAGCAGCAGUUUAAUAUUUAGAUUUUUGA